GGGUCUGUAUAGAGGAAUGUGUAUAAGAGAGGUUGGCAAGCUUGUGUCUAGGAACAAGAUGGCUGGGAGGAGAAACAUCAGAUGAGAUAGGCUUGAUUUCCUUGUUCUAAUUGCGUCCAAUGGCUGUGUCUUGCGGUAAACUGACGCCCAGAGGCUGUCUUGAGGAAAGAUGAUGAAGAAGGUUAGUUUGUCGCAACUGUUAAGCCGGUCGCCACGCCAUGGCAGCAGCUCCGGGAGGAGGACCAGCAGUGCUAAUGGUGAGGUUUUGGUCGGGUCUCCCGCCCCUUCCAACACUACCACGUCCUCAGCCUCGUCCCCGACACACCACUCCUCCUCUAACACUCAAGAAAAGACCCCCAAAAAGAAAACCAAAAGUGGUAUUCUUCAAACGUUAAAAAAGAAAAUCAGUGGCAAGUUGGAUACACUUCAAAACUCUAACUCAAGUACUCCCAAAAAGAGUAAAAGUUUUGAAGGUCUAUCCAAUAGCUUUGGGGACUCCUUCUCACAGUCUAUUAGUGAGGAGUCUUCUAGUGAUGGCCUGAAUGCGAGUGGGGGUCAGCUGCACAAAGGCAAGCAUAAUAAACGUGCGAUCCGUCCCAUGCACACUCCUAUCACACGACAAAACUCCUCCUCCCAUGUAUUGACAGAUUCUGAGAGUGAAGUGCUUACUAAAACAAGUCAUGGAGAAUGUGUAAGAGUGUCAGGACACAAAGUAAAUGAGUCGGUGUCAACCCCACAAACUCAGAUUACUGCAGUGUCAUUAUACAGUAAAAGUAACUACAUAUCAGAAAAUAAUUCUUCGACGGUGUUAUCGGAGAAGAUAGUACCGAAGGUUAGUGUUGGACUAGACAGGAGUGUUGCCUUACCACAAGUAUUGGUUGAAAAUGUCAGUGGUAAAGUGGGGCUUUAUUCCUCAAAGACUGACACCAGUCAAAUAUCCAAUAACGUGGAACGUAGUGCCAUAUCGGAAACGUCCUCACCGCAGCCAAAUAGAAUGUAUGGUGAAUUAUGGGAGUUACAAGACAUGAAUUUUGAUGCCAGCAAAAGAAGUUUAGCCGAGGAACUUUUCAGAUUGGCCAAGUUUGGGUGGUACUGGGGACCAAUAACCAGAGCAGAAGCAGAGGAGAAAUUGAUAGAUCAACCUGAUGGGGCAUUUCUUGUUCGUGACUCAUCAGAUGACAAGUACUUGUUGAGUCUUAGUUUCCGAUCUUUCAACAAGACCCUCCACACACGGAUUGAACACAGUAAUGGUUGGUUCAGCUUUUAUCCACAUCCUGAGCAUGAGGGCUAUACAAGUUUAGUGGGUCUUAUUGAUCAUUGUAUGAGUCAUUCUGAGUCUGGAGUGUUUUGUUACUCUCGAGCUCGUGUACCCGGAUCACCAUCCUUUCCAGUUCGACUCACCAAACCUGUUUCUCGAUUCACUCAGGUGCGAUCUUUGCAAUACCUAUGUCGAUUUGUGAUUAGACAAUAUACCCGUGUGGACCACAUUCAAGCCUUGCCUCUACCAACACGAAUAAAAGGCUACCUAGAAGAGGGACAUUACUGACCCAAGUACAGGAAUCUCACCAGAGUGGUAGUUCUGGUAUUUUAUUAUUAUUAUGCAUUUUAAUGUCAUUAUUAUUGUUAAAUUUUUGAAGUGACAAUUUUAUAUUAUAAGAAAGUUCUGUGUGAUUUUCCUCAUCUAUGUCAACUUGUAACAAUAUGAAAGUGUAGUGUGAUGCUUUAUAGGAUAUGUUUUGAGUUUAUUAAAUAUUUUUCCUCGUGAACAUAGAGAUUAUAUCUUCAUAUCUUCAUAUGAUACCAUGAUACUUAGACACUUGGGCCACUAUCAGAGGAAUACAAAAAGUAAACUUACCAAUGAUAAUGCCAUUGACAUUCAAAAUUUUAAGGCUCCCUUAACGCACAUCAUUUGGUUAUAAUGUAAAUUCUUACAGCAAUAUUCGCAAAUUGCAUAUUUACCAUACAAUUGUUGGAAAGUUUAACCCUUACAGUAUUGCCAAAUAUCCUUUUAAUUUUAUAAGUUACUAUUCUUCUGGUAGCACAUGUAAUUUUCAUCUUUUUGUUUACCAAAGUAUGUUUGAUUAUAUUCACUCAUUGAAGAAUAUUACAUAAUAUCCAGCUAUUUUUGUUGUCUUCAAGUUUAAAAGUCUGAGUUUCAUUUAACUUAUUCUCAUACUGAUGUCGCUUACAAAUUCAACUUUGAUAAGUUUUAUCUUUAAAAGGAGUCCGAUGAAUUUUUUUAUUGAUUCUCAAGAUUACCUUAUUGUAACUUAUUUUCCAAAAGUGUUCCACUGUUUCAAACAAAAAUUUAAUCUUAAUAUUAAAUUUGUCACCUUUUGCAUUUUUUAUUUUAUGAAUACUGUACAUUCUGACUGAAUUUUGUCAUGUUUGCUUGUGUAUGGAAUUUUAAUUUAAUAUUAAUGAAUAGAGGAAGUUUGAUAAAUUACCAUAAUUAUGUUUGUUAGGAUAAAGUUGGCAUUUUGCAAUACAGCAUUCAACUUGCUUGGAUUUAGAUCUGACUAUUAAUGUUUAUUAAUAAUAUGAUCUCUGCUAAAUAUUUCUUGUGACCAGCUGCAGGUUGACAAGUCUUAGACAUAUGCCUUCAUCAGUGAUAUUGUUUAAAUGUACAUUCGAUUUUUCCCAAAUAUUUGAUCUACAAUAUUUCUUGUAGAUAUCGGUAUACUGUAUUAAGUAGGGAGCAGGACUUGCAGUCAGAAGAUAGGUCUAAGCACAAAUAUAAAGAAAAUGGGUGCAGUUAAGUCAUUGUUAAUUUGGGGAGUGACAGAAGGAAUUUUUAUUUGUUGUCAAAACAUGAGGCAGCUGGUGUAUGCGUGUUGGAGGGGGGGGGGGAGGGGCAGGCACGUGCAUGGUUAAAUUUGCAACUAACAUUAUUUAUUCUUAAUGUAAACUCUGGUUUUUAGUAAAUGUUUUAUUUUUUUAUGCAAUCUAAUUUUCAAAAUAUUAAACUGAUAGUUUAAUAUUUUGAUUUUGAUUUGUUUAAAACUACAGCUAGUGUUGGUAGCUAAACCCAGUAGACCUGUAUCAUUAUAUUGAAUAUUAUAAUUAACUUUU